GACUGACAUCUCAGGACUCACCUUGCCUGAGAAAGAAGCCCUGAAGAGGAAGAAGAGGAAAGGACAAGGAGUCAGGAAUGACUCUUUCUCAGGCACUGUUGACAUUCAGGGAUGUGGCCAUAGAAUUCUCUCAGGAGGAGUGGGAAUGCCUGGACCCUGCUCAGAGGGCCUUGUACAGGGACGUGAUGUUGGAGAACUACAGGAACCUGGUCUCCCUGGGUCUGUCCUGUCACCUCUGGUUCUGGAAACCUGUACCAGCCUGUGGGCUCUCAUCUUCAAGACCACUGCCUAGCUGAAGAACAGGGAUGGGUCAAGAUAUGUCUACCAGAUGUGUGAUCAAAGAAUUAUCACCAAAAGAGGACAUUAAUAAUGGAGACUUAUUUCAGACAUUGGCUUUUGAAAGACU